UACAGUAAAACCUUUGAGCACGCUAUCCCCGCCCCCUUUGUUGCUCCUCCCUCUUUGCAAAAGUUCCACUGGAGUUUGCCUCGGCUGGAGACACGCGUGCACAUCAUCUAGAGAUACUGCAGAGCGAGCUGUCAGAAGAUGUGAGGUACGAGACAGGAGACACGUCUCAACAGCAGCGAUGAGAGUCACCACGAUUCACAAAUUAAGCCUCCUCUUUUGUCUGUUAACCAGCGCCUCUGCCUUGGAUUCGGAGUAUCGGGAUACUGGGAGCAAAGCUGCGCUGUUGCUGGCACUGGAACCGAAGGACCCCAAGUGCUUCACGGAGAGUCUGAGGGACCUGACCUGCUUUUGGGAUGAGAGCCUCCCCCAAGAGGGGCUCCCCAACCACACCUUCCACUACAGAUACGAAUCGGAGGACAGUCGUGUGUGUAACCUGACCGUGCAGACGCUCAGUAAUAACCGGAGCAGAUUCCUGUGCGAGUUCCCUGAAGCCAUCCUGUUUGCCCAGCUGGAUGUCACAGUGAUCGUCAAUGAUGUGAUAGUCCAUCACCGCAGCCUGUCUGCUGAUCAAGUCUUGCUCCUAGACCCUCCCAUGAACCUCAGCGUGCGUCAGACUGGCAAGCCAGGGCAGCUGCACAUGAAGUGGUUGCCUCCGCCUCUGAAGUACAUGGACGACAGCAUCAUAUACGAAGUCGGCUUCUCAACUGUGGGCUCCGAGCUGCGGAAGACGGAGGUGAUUAAGGGGGGACGCACAGACUGUGUCCUCAUGAAGCUGAAGCCGCUGACCCAGUAUGUGGUCAGUGUCCGAGCCAAACCCGACGGGGUCACCUACAACGGCUACUGGAGCGCCUGGUCCGAGCCCGUCGCCGCGGAGACGCCAACAGAUCUGGAUCCGCUGAUCCUGGCGCUGUCUCUGAUCCUUCUUCUAAUCAUGACAGUCUUGUCCAUCACUGUCUUCCUGUCACAUCGGAGGUUUUUGUUGAAGAAAAUGUGGCCUCUGAUCCCUUCUCCUGAGAGCACGUUUGGGGGUCUUUUCACUGUUCACAGGGGCAACUUCCAGGAAUGGUUGGGUCACAACAACGUCUAUCCAUGGUGGAGCCCGUCUUUCUUCUACUUUGAGGAGAUGGUGGUGUCUCUGGAGGUCCUAUCAGAGUUCAAACCCAGCGUUCUCCCACCCUUACCCCCCAAAGCUGGGCACCAAUUCUGUCUGGAGGAGGGGGGAGAGGAAGAGGGUGGCGGCCUUCCUUUCCCCCAGCUUCACAAGGGCCAGACCGGACUUGAAACCCAGACGGGGCCCCUGCAUCAGUGGCUGUUUCCCUCCAGAGGGCCCGCGGAAUCCAAAGACGCCUAUGUGAUCCUGAACUUCACCCCUGGAGAUCCCGGCGUUCCCGACCCGGACGUUCCCGAGGAGGACGCCCCGUUGCAGACGCUCUUCGCCACUUCGGAAUCCAGCGUCCGUUCGGGAAUCUCUUCGGACUCGGAGAGGCAGAGCCCGGUGGAAAGAACAUCCUCCGGGUCCAGCUUCGACUACGCCGUCUACGACCCCAGCGGAGAUCUGCUGUUCCCCAGCAAGGAUCAGAGCUAUGCCUACCUGAGGGUGGCCGAUUCGGGCAUUUCAGUGGACUACAGCCCCAUGGGCUCUGGAUCCAGUGCCCUGACCAGUCACAAUGGCAUUGGCAUCUAUACUAACCUUUAUAAGAAUGACAUCUGCCAUCAUUUGGAUCAGCUGCCCCAUAGUAGUGGAGCCGUCUGCUCUGGGUACUGAGGGCAGAGGAGGGGAAUCUCUUUUUGGGUUCCCUGGCCGUGGUCCGUCAGUGGCAGAAUCAGAUCCCAUUGCAACCCCAGUGUGUCACCCUGAAGACAGCCCAGCGAGCAGAGCCAUCAGCAGAGCGCAGCAUCACCAGCAAUGCAAACACAAUGGAUUUGGAACUGUACAGUACGGUGGUUCUGAUUGCACUCCGUCUGUGUGAUUCGGAGGUCCAUCUGAUCCUGAAAUAUGCUCUGUGUGUCGGUCAGUUGGUGUUGGGUCAUUCAACGGUGACCCCAUUGGAAUGUCAAAAUAUGACACAAUCCUGGUGCCUUUCUACCACUGGCAGCCUCAGCGUAUUGCGACACCGUGAGCACAGAAGCAUUGAUUAGCAGUUGAUUAGGUUGCGAUCACUAGGAGGGCUUUUACUGUGGGCAGGUGAUUGCAAAAUACAUCCCUUAUGAAAGUUCACCAUAGUAAAAGCAAAGCAAAGCAUUGUUAUAGCGUGAUCAAACAUAGGCAACCAUUGCAAAGCCCAUAGGAACCACAGUAAAUGCACAGUAUAACCAUCACGGGCAGCAGUGUGGAGUAGUGGUUAGGGCUCUGGACUCUUGACUGGAGGGUUGUGGGUUCAAUCCCAGGUGGGGGACACUGCUGCUGUACCCUUGAGCAAGGUACUUUACCUAGAUUGCUCCAGUAAAAACCCAACUGUAUAAAUGGGUAAUUGUAUGUAAAAAUAAUGUGUAAAAAAUAAAUCUAAUUGUAUGUAAAAAUAAUGUGAUAUCUUGUAACAAUUGUAAGUCGCCCUGGAUAAGGGCGUCUGCUAAGAAAUAAAUAAUGAUAAUGAGAGAACCACACCCUUUUUAUAAGGGAUGUAUGUGAUUCAUAAACAGCGUACAAAAAAACCAUGUGAUCAGCUGUAGGUACAGUAUAGGAUGCAUCCCUCCCCAUUGUAUACAUGCGUUUGAUAGAAAUAUAUCUACAUAGUGUAGUGUAUAAUGUUUAUGUACUGUAUGGUAGUGGGACAGUGUUGUUUUUAUUUUGGUUUUAUAUAUGUUUUGUUUAUGGUAUAUUCUGCCAAAAUCGUAAUCAAAUCAAACACAUAGGAGAGACAGUUUACAGCGUUAAAUAAAAUAAUACAGAAUCACCUCUCAAACAUGGGGAAUAAAAAAGCAAACGAACCAACCGUUCAACACUUUACAAAAAUAGGGGGCACGUGCAUGACCGGCAGUGUGGAGUUUCAGAAGAGACACAAUUAGAUAACGAGCAAUCCUGAAGUGCCACAGAUACCUGUGGGUUUCAAUAGCAAGGAACAGUAGAGCGUUACAUCAUUAACUAUGUAGUACAUGACAUCACAAUCGUAGAUUUGAAUAGUGUGGUUACCAUGGCAUCACAAGCCUAUCAAUACCUCCGCUGUUUGUUUUCAAACACACUUUCCCUUAAGGUUUGGUAAACAUACCGAAACAUUGGGAAGUUGACUCUUUUGAGCAACGGUACAUAUCUAAAGAAAAGACAGCAUCAACUUUAUGUUUAAUAAUACAGUUCCUGCAUACAGUCUUUUGUUUUUGUGGUUGAUAAUAAGUUAAUAGGGUAGCUUGUCUCUUAUUAACACUGCAUAGCGUGUAAUACGAGUUUUAACAAGAGACACCCUCCCCACCAUGUAAGCACUUGUAAAGUAUAUUAUAUUCAUGUGUUUAUGCCAUAAUAGGGACAACAAAUGUGAGAUACAUUUCAGUGGUUAUUGUUCAGAAUUGUUUUUAUUCCAGUGAGAGGUUUUGAUAGACCGCCUCCACUGUCUGAGACACAUUACUUCAUUCAAAUUUUGUACCAAAGAAAAAAAAAAGCAUUAUCACUGCCGUACCUUGUAAAAUAAUGUUUUAUUUGUUGUUCAUUUUCUCUAAUGCAUUUCUACAAAGAAUAUUUUUGUAAUAAACUUUAUUUUGGGGGACAAAACUUG